UUUGCCCUCCUUCCUCAUUUUCAAGGCAAUUUAUACUUUCGGCUGGCUGGACAUUUCUUCAGAUUGAUUCUCUAAAGGAGCCGAGACAUUUGCCCAAAGAGGAUGGCUGACAAUCAAGAAGAUGCUCCCCUGGCCAGAGGAAGUGUUUCAGGGAGCCAUGAAGUCCUUGUUAAUGCAGGGCCAAGAGGAGGCUCCAACAGCCGUGCGGCAAAGGUCGCUGCUCUGACCACCCUGGCCUGCCUGCUGCUGGCCAGCCAGGUCUUCACUGCCUACAUGCUAUUUGACCAGAAGCAGCAGAUCCACACACUGCAGAAGACCUCUGAGCGGAUGGGCAAGCUGAUGACUCGCACAUCCCAAGUUGCUGCCCCAGCAAGGAUGGCCAUGCCUAUGAACAGCCUCCCUCUGCAGAUGGACUUCACAGAGGAAGACUCCAAAACCGAGAAGUCCCAGCAGAACCCUGAAGGCUCCACCCCUCAGCCAGCCUCUCUGAUCCAGACCAAAUGCCAGACAGAGGCAGCACCUGGAGUGGGUAAGAUUGGAGCAUACAAGCCCCAGUGCGAUGAGCAGGGCCGCUACAAGCCCAUGCAGUGCUGGCACGCCACCGGCUUCUGCUGGUGCGUGGACCAGGCCGGCAACCCCAUCCAGGGCACAACAGUCCGCGGCCGUCCAGACUGUAACAGAGGCACAGGAUUUCGCCGCAUGAUGGUUGCACCAAGGAUGAUGCAGAAGACCUACACUGAGGAGGAAUUGGCAAAUUAGAAGAAUCCAGAAGCAAAUAGUCCCUUUCUUUAACUAUCUUUGCAGACCCGUGAAACUGGUUAUUUAAAAUUACUUGCUGUCCAAUUUGUAGCAGUUUAGCUUCACAAUGAGCUUCACUUCCAUGUAAUCACUUCAUGCUUUUCAUUUUUCUAACUGCUUGGAAUCAAAUCAGUAAUAGGGUCUGUUACAUUAAUGCCUUUAAUGUCUUUUUUUUUGGGUGUUUUGAUCUACAGAACAUAAAAUUCAUCAAACCCUGUGAGAUUUUAUUAUGUAUGUGUUUGUGACGGAGGCUCGAAUGGUCGGUUCACCCAAAUUACAAAACAAAUGAAUACGUUUGAGGCAUAUUUCCAGUUUCACCUGCCUGAUUUUUAGUCUUAUUGAGGUUUUUGAUCUGACAAAAGGGUUUUAGUUCUCAUAAUUUUGGUGAACCUGCCAUUUAAAGGAUGGAGACUUUAUGAGGAACUGUUGAUAUUCCUUAAAGUAUGUGGUAAGAUGGGAAAUAAAGAUUUUUCUUUACAACAAUCA